AUGCCUCCUCCUCUAACACCUACCGCAUCACCAGGCCUCAACGUGAUUGCCCUGAUCUCGGGCGGUAAGGACUCUCUUUACUCCAUCCUGCACUGCAUCCGCAAUGGACACAAAGUAGUCGCCCUAGCAAACCUACACCCUGAUCAAAAAGUCAAGACAUCAGAUGAUCAUGAUGAAAACGAUGGGGAAAAUGUCCAAAAUGACUCUGGUGAUGUCGAGGAAGAUAUCGAUAGCUUCAUGUACCAAACUAUCGGUCACAGCGUGAUUCCUCUCUACGAAAAGGCACUGGGCAUACCCCUCUACCGCGCCCCGAUUACCGGCGGCGCAGUCGACACUGCCCGGAUAUACAGGCAUGAUGCAGUGGACCAGGCAGCAGAGCACGUCUCCUCGACAGGGCGGGACUCAAAGUCAGGUUCAGACUCAGACGAAACAGAAUCUCUCGUCCCACUACUCCGCCGCAUCAUGCAAGCCCACCCAGAAGCCAACGCCGUAUCAGCCGGCGCAAUCCUAUCCACAUACCAACGCACCCGCAUCGAGAACGUCGCAGGGCGUCUCGGCCUGAUCCCACUAGCCUGGCUGUGGAUGUACCCCUCUCUGCCCGCGCCCGUUGAGCGCACCGCGGAUCCCGCGGCUGUCGUGCAGGCGGGGCUACUAGAGGAUAUGGCGGCGUGCGGGUGCGAUGCCCGUAUUAUUAAAGUUGCCUCUGGUGGACUGGAUGAUGGGUUCUUGUGGGAGAAUGUGUCUGGGUCUGGGUCUGAGGCUGGGGUAAGGAGACGCCUUGUAAAGGGGAUGAGUCGGUUUGCGGCGGCGGAGGAUAUUAAGGGGGCGGUUCUUGGGGAGGGUGGGGAGUAUGAGACUCUUGCGCUUGAUGGGCCUGGUUUCUUGUGGAAGGGGAAGGUUGAGAUUGAUAGUAGGGAGGUUGGGGUUGGUGAGGGGGUGCCGGAGGAUGUGAGGAGGCCGGCUUUGUUGGAUGGGGUGUUUGCUACGGCUUUGGAGCGGAUUAAGUCGUUAUCGUUGAAUGAGAUGGGUUCGACGGCCUCUGGCGAGCCUACGUUGGCGACGGCUUGGUCUAUCGAUGAACCGAGUCAUCGCUUGUCUCCGUCGACGUGGACUAUUUCCAACCUCGUUGCACCAGAGGCAGGUCCCGGUGCAGACGAGCAAAUGAACGCCAUUGUUCAAAAGGCUCAACAUGCACUAUCAUUUCCUCCAGAUUCCAUCUCAACUCCUCGCUCAACAGACGACAUCGUCUUCGCCACCGUUCUCCUGCGUUCCAUGUCCGACUUUGCCCUGAUGAAUCAAGUCUACGUCUCUCUCUUCAAAAAGCCAAACCCACCCGCCCGAGUCACAGUCGCCUGUGGUGAUACCCUCCCUUCCCACGUGAGGGUAAUGGUCUCCUUUGUGAUUGACCGGGGCGCACGAGACAAGCGCCAAGGUCUGCACGUCCAGUCGCGCUCGUACUGGGCACCCGCGAAUAUCGGCCCCUACUCCCAAGCAAUGUCUAUCCCGUUGCAAGACCAGGGUAGACUUGUUUACAUUGCGGGCCAGAUUCCACUGGAACCGGCUUCUAUGGAGAUUGCUACGCAAGACGAGCCCUGGUUUGAAGGGUAUUGUACCCGGGCUGUGCUGGCACUUCAACAUCUAUGGAGGAUCGGCGAGGCCAUGCAAGUUGAUUGGUGGCUUGGUGCCGUGGUCUUCAUGACGGGUGGUGAACAUGUUCAGGCACAGGUGCGCAUUGCUUGGGAACUGUGGAAGAAGAUGCAUACUCGGCCUGUGGAUGAUGAAGACGAGGAUGACGGCCCGCAGCUUGAUGCUUGGGAUAUCAAGUAUGGACGCAGAGCGGAGGAGCUGAUUCAUCAAGCGGUAGAGUCGAAUCUACCCAAGUUCUCGGUUCUUGAUGAGGAAUCCGAGUUAACUAUCCCGCCUUUCCUGGCUGUCGAGGUCGAUGAGCUUCCUCGGGGUAGUGAUAUCGAGUGGCAGGGACUGGGUAGUCUGUGCCAGCAGGUUACGUUGGUGAACUUGGAAGAUGGGACCUCAACAACGGUGAAUGAGAGAUACAUUUACCGCUGUGUGGAGCUUGAAGCUGGGAGCUCUGAGGUGUCGUUGGAAGAGAGGCUUCGUCCGUUGAUCAUGUCCCACUGCCAGGUGUCUGGUCUGUCUCAGGCAAUUUUAUACACUACUCUACCGGUACCGGAGGGUCUCUGGCCAGGCCAGAUUAUCCCAUGCCGAUCGGUUUGGGGACGGGAGGGACGACAGUUGACUGCUGCCAUGGUUAUGCAAGAGGAGCGUGGCUUGGAUGUGUAA